AAGCCGCUCGGGCAACUCAAACCAAUUGUUGCCAGAGCUCGCAACCCAGUGAUCCAGAAGCAUGUCGGACGAGCCGCAACCUAUCGCUACGCCUGCCGCCGAGACAGUGGCCGCCGAGGAGGCCGCGCCCAUCGUGGCCGUGCCCAUGGAGCUCGGGCCCAAGCACCCGCUGCAGCACAAGUGGGUGCUCUGGUACGACAACCCGAAGAAGAAGCUCGCGACCGAGAGCUGGGAAGAGAACCUCAAGCUGAUUUACACGUUUGAGACGGUCGAGGACUUUUGGUGCCUCUUCAACAACGUGCUGCCGCCGACCAAGCUCUCGACGGGCAGCAACUACCACCUCUUCAAGGAGGGCAUCCGGCCCAUGUGGGAAGACCCGAUCAACAUGAAGGGCGGCAAGUGGAUUCUCACCAACACGCGCCAGCGCCGCCCGCGCCUCGACGACUCGUGGAUGCAUGUGAUGCUGGCGUUGAUUGGCGAAGCGCUCGAAGACGAAGAUGACAUUUGCGGCUGCGUCGUGAGUGUGCGCAAGUCGCAGGACCGUCUUGCGGUCUGGACCAAGACGGCGGUCAACGAGCCGUUGCAGCGCACGGUGGGCCGCAACUUUCGCAAGGUGCUCGACCUCGGCAAGAACGAAGUGCUCAAGUUCCAGUCGCACGCCGAUGCGGCCGCGAGCGGCUCGAGCUUCCAGAACGAAGUGCUGUACGACGCAUAAGCAAGAGACGUUGUACCAAGACACGUAGAGUAGUCGAUUUAGUGCGUCGUGUCUGCUACGCCACCGCGUGGACAAGAGCUGGUGAAGUAGAUACUAACCCGAAACAGUUAGAGAAUUAUAUAACUAUAUAACCUUUUGAUGUUGUCCACAUGGCAAUAGACACC